AGUUCACCUCGUCGAAAAUUUCAACUGGAUCAGUGUUUCGAUGGAAAGUAGCAGUAUCUCUGGAACUUUCACAACUUUUCUGAUUCAUCCUGUGAAAACAUCAUAUUACAGCUCUGCAUUACUUCUGUUUUUUAGCCCCUUUCACUCAACCGCAGCUGAAUGAACAGAUCGACAGGCGUGUGUGGGAGAGCUCCGGCUUCCGGCGGUCCGUGGAUUUUCCCCUCACGUGACUCUGAUUGCUCAAUGGACGGCUGGAGUGUUCGAGCCAAGCUGUAAAGACUCGCUUUAAGAAAGACAUCAGAAGCAGCAGAGUGAAAAAUACACCUUUAAAGGUAUUGAUUGAAAGAAAUGCCUGAAAUCAAACUCAUUGACUGCUGACUCUCUCCAGGUGUGUCGGAGUCAGAGCGGCUCAGGUCUGCCUCAGGUCGUCACCGCUCCCUCGUCUCCAGACGCCGCCGCCGCCCGCCGCCCCCAUGCCUCUGCCCGUCUCGGCCCAGGUGGGCAUCGCCAUCCUGAGCCUGGCCUUCGUGCUGGGCCUCCCCGGGAACCUGUUCGUGGUCUGGUCGGUGCUGUGCCGGGUGAAGAAGCGCUCCGUCACCUGCCUGCUGGUGCUGAACCUGGCGCUGGCCGACGCCUUCGUGCUGCUGAGCGCCCCGUUCUUCCUGCGCUACCUGGCCGCCGGCCCCAACUGGGAGUUCGGCUCGGCGGUCUGCAAGCUGGUGCACUACCUGUCCAGCGUCAACAUGUACGUGUCCAUCUACCUGAUCUGCCUGAUGAGCAUGGACCGCUGGCUGGCCGUCACCCGGCCCUUCCUGUCCCAGAGGAUGAGGACCAAGCGCUCCCUGCUCUUCCUGCUGCUGGGGGUCUGGGUUCUGGCCUUCGUCCUGUCGCUGCCCAUGCCUUUCUACCGCAGCAUCCUGAAGGUCCGGCAUCCGUCCAACGCCACGCUGACCCUGUGCCACCAGUACCACUGGCAGAGCGCGGCCCACCAGGUCUUCCAGUACCUGUUCGAGACCGUCAUGGGCUGCCUGGUGCCCUUCUCCCUCAUCAACACCUGCUACAGCACCGUCAUCUGCCGCCUGCAGAACGCCAAGUUCCAGCGGCGGCGGGAGGGCAGCCGCCUCAUCCUGCUCAUCAUCUGCGCCUUCGCCGUCUUCUGGCUGCCGUACCACAUCGUCAACAUCAUCGAGGUGGUCGGCGUGCUGCAGGACAGCAAGCCGGUGCUGGACGCCGCCAAAUCCGCCCGGCCCAACGUCACGGCCUUCGCCUACUUCAGCAGCGCCGUCAACCCCAUCCUGUACGUGUUCGCCGGCAGCUCGCACAUCCGGCAGGCCGGCCUGAGCUUCAUGGGCCGGCUGCUGGAGGCCACCAACUCGGAGAGCCGCAGCGCCUCCACCUCGCGCCGCACCGGCUCCACCCGCGACGACGGCUCCGUGCUGCACACGCUCUCCGUCAAGCUGGGGAACCCCUUCAAGGGGCGGGGCAAGGAGCGGAGCGACAGCGUCCCGGACGGCGAGCCCGAGCUCCGGACGCUGGCCACGACUGAGCCGCUGGAGUAGAACCCGUCCGGCUCUGCGGAAACACUCCUGAGACUCAACGGGAAAAACUCUCUGCUGUGUCGACUGAAGAAGGAAAGCAGAGUUUAGAUCAGUCCAACAGAAACAGAGCAGAGCGUCGGCUCAAAGGCGAUCUGGGUUGAAUCUCGGCUGUCUGGGCCGUCGUCUCUCCUGUGGUUCGGUGGAAAGGAAGUGAUUCACAGGAAGUGCUGCGCAAAGAUUAGCUGAGCGAAGUCAGAACUGAACCAACGGCUGAGUUCAGUUUGAUUUGUUUCCCAACUAUAUUCCUGUUUAAAAAAGAUUCAAUGAGUAAAGGAAAGUAAACAGUUAAUAUCUGUAAAUCUAAACUAUGACUCUUCACUCUGUUUAUAUGGCUUCAGUUCACAUAAUAGAGAGAAAAAAUCCUUUUUUUUUUUUUGGACCAAACUGUGGUCGGUUAAUCUAUACAUACAUAACUUUUUUUGUGAAUGUUUUAAAUUUCUGUAUAUAUUUAAUAAAUAAAUAAAUAAAUAAAUAAAUGUGUUUUUAGUGGAUGUGAACAUUUUGUUAAUUUAACUUUGAAUCCAUGAUGACUGUAAAACGCUUCAGACUGUCAUGAACAUUUUAUAAAACACAACUUUUUGUUUUUAUUAUUGACUUUUUUCUACAUAAAAUAUUAAAGGCUUGACUCUGG